AUGGUUAAUUCACACAGAAAGCGAAUAUUUAAUGUUUACCUAGGAUUUUACUGUACAGCAAUCAUCUUACCUAAAAUAUGCAUUUGUUCUCGGUUCUCAAUGCCAUCUAGUGAUCAGUUCAAUCAUGACCUUGGGGCUUUCCCGGCGGCCACCAAUGGGGAACCAUUUCCUUGGCAUGAGCUAAGGCUCCCCAACAUGGCCAUUCCCCUCCACUAUGACCUUUUAGUUCAUCCAAAUCUCACCUCCCUGGACUUCGUUGCAUCUGAGAAGAUUGAAGUCUUAGCCAGAGUUGCCACCCAAUUUAUCAUCUUACACAGCAAAGAUCUUGAAAUCAUGAAUGUCACCCUUCAUUCAGAAGAAGAUUUGAGAUACAGGAAACCAGGGAGAAAGCUGGAUGUUCUGAGUUAUCCUGCUCAUGAGCAAAUUGCUCUGCUGGUUCCAGAGAAACUCACGGCUGACCUGAAAUACUAUGUGGCCAUUGACUUCCAGGGCAAGUUAGCUGAUGGCUUUGAAGGGUUUUAUAAAAGCACGUACAGAACUCUUGGUGGUGAAACAAGAACUAUCGCAGUAACAGAUUUUGAGCCAACUGAGGCACGCGUGGCUUUCCCUUGCUUUGAUGAACCACUGUUCAAAGCCAACUUUUCAAUCAAGAUAAGAAGAGAGAGCAGACACAUCGCACUAUCCAACAUGCCAAAGGUUAAGACAAUUGAACUUGAAGGAGGCCUCUUGGAAGAUCAUUUUGAAACUACUGUAAAAAUGAGUACAUACCUUGUAGCCUACAUAGUUUGUGAUUUCAAGUCUGUGAGUGGAACCUCCUCCUCAGGGGUCAAGGUGUCCAUUUAUGCAUCCCCAGACAAAUGGAAUCAAACUCAUUAUGCUUUGGAGGCAUCAUUGAAGCUACUUGAUUUUUAUGAAAGUUACUUUGAUAUCAACUAUCCACUCCCCAAACUGGAUCUAAUUGCUAUUCCUGACUUUGGAGCCGGAGCCAUGGAAAAUUGGGGCCUCAUCACAUAUAGAGAGACAUCACUGCUCUUUGAUCCAAAGACCUCUUCUGCUUUUGAUAAACUGUGGGUCACCAGAGUCAUAGCCCAUGAAUUAGCACACCAGUGGUUUGGCAACCUGGUUACCAUGGAAUGGUGGAAUGACAUUUGGCUCAAUGAAGGCUUUGCAAACUACAUGGAACUUGUCUCUCUUAAUGCUACAUAUCCAGAGCUACAAUUCGAUGACUAUUUUUUGGAAGUGUGUUUUGAAGUAAUUAAAAGAGAUUCACUAAAUGCAUCCCAUCCUAUCUCCAAUCAAGCGAAAACUCCUACUCAAAUACAGGAAAUGUUUGAUACAAUUUCCUACAACAAGGGAGCUUGUAUUUUAAAUAUGCUCAAGGAUUUCUUGAGUGAGGAGAAAUUUCGGAAAGGAAUUAUUCACUACUUAAAGAAGUUCAGCUAUCAAAAUGCUAAGAAUGAUGAUUUGUGGAGCAGCAUGUCAAAUGGUUGUUUAGAAGGUGAUUUUACAUCUGGUGGAUUUUGUUAUUCUGAUUCCAAGAGGAUAAGCAGCACACUCCUCUUUCAGGGGGAAGAUGAGGAGGUCAGAGAGAUGAUGGCUACGUGGACCCUGCAGAAAGGAAUCCCGCUCGUGGUGGUGGAGCGAGAAGGACGUUCACUCAGGCUGCGACAGGAGCGCUUCCUGAGCGGGGUGUUCAGAGAGGACCCAGCCUGGAGGGCCCUGCAGGAAAGGUACCUUUGGCACAUCCCAUUGACCUACUCCACGAGUUCCUCUGAUGUGAUUCACAGACACAUUUUAAAAUCAAAGACAGAAAUUCUGGACUUACCUGAAAGUACCAGCUGGGUGAAAUUCAAUGUGAACUCAAAUGGCUACUAUAUUGUUCAUUAUGAGGGGCAUGGAUGGGACCAACUCAUUCAACAGCUGAAUCAGAACCAUACACUUUUCAGACCCAAGGACAGAACAGGUCUGAUCCACGAUGCGUUUCAGCUAGUAAGUGCAGGAAGGUUGACCCUAGACAAAGCUCUCGACCUGACCCGCUAUCUCCAACAUGAAACAAGCAGCCUUGCCCUGCUCAAAGGUCUGGAAUACUUAGAAUUGUUUUACCACAUGAUGGACAGACGCAAUAUCUCAGAUGUCUCUGAAAACCUCAAGCAUUACCUUCUCCAGUAUUUCAAGCCAGUGAUUGACACGCAAAGCUGGAGCGACGAGGGCUCCGUCUGGGACAGGAUGCUUCGCUCCGCCCUGCUGAAGCUGGCGUGUGACCUGACCCAUGCUCCUUGCAUUCAGAAGGCAACUGACCUCUUCUCUCAGUGGAUGGAAUCCAGCGGGAAAUUAAAUAUCCCAACAGAUGUUUUAAAGAUUGUGUAUUCCGUGGGUGCUCAGACAACAGAAGGAUGGAAUUACCUUUUGGAGCAAUAUAAACUGUCAAUGUCAGGUGCUGAAAAAAACAAAAUUCUGUAUGCAUUGUCAACCAGCAAACACCAGGAAAAGUUAAUGAAAUUAAUUGAACUAGGAAUGGAAGGAAAGAUUAUCAAGACACAGGACUUAGCAUCUCUUCUUCAUGCAAUUGCUAGAAAUCCAAAGGGACAGCAAUUAGCCUGGAAUUUUGUAAGAGAAAAUUGGACCCAUCUCCUUAAAAAAUUUGGCUUGGGCUCAUUUGAUAUGAGAAUAAUCAUCUCUGGCACAACAUCUCACUUUUCUUCCAAGGAUGAGUUACAAGAGGUGAAACUGUUCUUUGAUUCUCUUAAAGCUCAAGGAUUACAUCUGGAUAUUUUUCAAAUUGUUCUGGAAACCAUAUCCAAAAAUAUUAAGUGGCUGGAGAAGAAUCUUCCCACUCUAAGGACUUGGCUACUGGCUAGGAUGUAA